AUGGAAGAAGGAAUUGCUGGAAGAUUUGAAAAGGCAAGAGUCAAACACGUAGUUGUGCACAAGAAAGAGCCGAUUGCUCUGGUUGUGCUGUACAGCGGAGAGUUUGAAAUGUGGAACACAAUAGGAAUGUCUCUAAUCAAAACAGGAAGCAUUGGAGAGAUUCCCAUAAGGGCAGCUGCCUUCAUCGAAGACAGGGAGUCAUUUGCCAUAGGAGGAGACGACGGAAUACUGCGCAUAUACUGCAUAGACACCUUCAAGCUCAAGCACAAAGUGCAGGCACACACGGACUUCAUUAGAAAUAUUUCUGUCCAUCCAAUACUUCCGUAUAUGGCAACGUGUUCAGACGACAUGCAGAUAAAGAUAUGGGACUAUUCGAAGGAGAUAUCUCUGAUCAAGACCCUGUCAGGGCACACACACUUUGUGAUGGCAAUGGACUUCUCAACAAAAGAUAGCAAGCUUCUGCUCUCCUGCUCGCUGGACCACAAUAUUAUCGUGUGGAACAUUGAAACAGGAGCAGCAGUUAGAACACUCAAAGGCACGCAGACAGCACUGAACACAAUAAAGUACAUCGGAGACAAGUUCAUUAUCAGCGGGGGAGAUGACGGGAAAAUAAACGUGUGGGAUGCAUCUACGUACGCUCUGAUAACGAGCGUAUUAGGGCACAUGGGGCCCGUUACUUCCAUCUACUGCACGGGAAGAGGCUUCAUCAGCGCAGGAGAAGACGGAUUGGUGAGAGAGUGGGACAAAAAGAGGUUCAGGCCAGAGACAUCCACGUCUGCGAGAGUGCAGAGGAUAUGGAGUGUGUGCUGCGUGCAGUCGGGCGACAUACUGGCAGGAGGAGACGAGGGAAUUUCAUUCAUCAAACAGAUGAAAAGCCCAGUGAUGCACAACUUUAUACCAAUGGAGAAGGAAGGAAGAAUUGUCAUUUCUGAAAAUACAAACUUGGUGCAGAUUAAAACGAGCAAUCCGUCAGCUGCAAAAAAAAUAACGACUUUAUCGUACGUGCCAGACCGCGUGGGACUGUCUGGGAAUGGAAGGUACCUUGCAGUUGAGUCAGACGGGAUGGUGUAUGUGUACACGGUUCUUGGCUUUUUGCUGCAGGUCUCCGUCCCUGGGAGCUCUCUCGUGUGGACAGGGCCUGAAGAGUUUCUUAUUCUGUACUCUGGGGGAAUAGUGAAGUACGCUGACUUUGAGGUGGAUGGAAAAGUGCAGAUAAACCCGCCGAUGGAAGAGAGCGAAGAGAUGAAGACAAUGAAGAAGGUGGAUGAUGACCACAUUUUUGUACGGACAGAAACAGCUGGAUACCUUAUCAGCCAUUUAGGGAAAGUUGUUCUGAAAAAAGCAGAUGUGGAGAGUAUAUACAAAUACGGGUCAAAGUAUGUGCUGAUCUACAGGAACAAGAUAGAGGUGAUGGUGGGAGAGACCGACGAGUCGCCUGUCUCGUACUCCUGCAGGGUAAACAGCUGGUGCGCUAAAAAGAAUGUUGUGUUCAUCCACACGGGAAGUAAGGUAAUUUAUUUUGUGAUGUCUAAUGACGGAAAAAAGCACGAGCUGUAUCCCGUGACAAUUGACUCGCUUGGAGGGAAUGGCGUGCUGCUGGGCGUAACAGAGAGCCUAUGGGCUCUUGAUGGAGGGAAAGUGUUUGACUUUAAGAUAGAGUGGGAGCUAGUGGAGUACCAAAGCAAGAUUAUCUCUGGAGAAGUGCCGCAGACAAUACCAAAGAAGUAUGCGAAGGAGUGCAUACACUUCCUGAUGGGAAUGAACAUGCUGGAAGAUGCGUACAAGCUAGCAGAUGAUCCAGACGAGAAGUUUGAGCUGCUGAUUAAGCUGGGAAAACUCAAAGAAGCCGUUGAAAUAUCAGACACUGAGGCAAAGUACUCGAGGCUGUGCAGUCUAUUCGUGAAGAGUGGAAAGAUAUUGGAUGCGCUAGAGUGUGCGAAGAAAGGCGUAUCGGUUGAAAAUGAGAUACUUUUGGCGUCGCUAUGCGAUAGAAUGGACGAUCUGAAGAACGCAGCAGUGAAGGCAUACGACCAGGGAAAGACUCUUGUGGCUCUGGCAGCUGGGUACAGAUCGGAGAACAUUGAAAUGUGCAGGAAAAUAUUCCAAGACACCGAGUUUGAGAAGCUCUUUAACAGAACACACGGCCCAAAAGAGACAAAAUGA